AUGCAAGUAAGUAUAAAAGGCGCUUCGCUUGUUGCUUAUGACAAUUGUAUUCAACAAAGUCGUUUCGAAAAUAUAAUAAUAUUUGGUGAUUCAAACUCGGAUACAGGUAAUGUUUUUAAAUUAUCUAAUUAUACAUGGCCACUAUCACCUCUAUAUUAUGCUGGACGAUUUUGUAACGAUCGCAAUUGGGUUGAUCAACUGCAAGUACGUGGAAUAAAAAAUUAUGCCUAUGGCAGUGCAACGACCGAUAAUGAUCAAGUACAAGGCUACACAAAGUUUAGUACUCUUCUUGUUCCUGGAGUUAAUCAACAGAUUGAUAAAUAUUUCAAUGAAUACAGCUCAAACAUCAUUAGUUCUCAAAAGACUCUUCAUAUCAUCUGGGCUGGUGGUAACAACGUAAUCUUCAAUCCAGCACUACCUAUACCUGAUAUUGCAAAUAAUCUAACAAACUUAGUGACAAAGUUAUGUGAAAACAAUGCCAGAUAUGUUCUAAUAUUCAAUCAAGUACCAGCUCAAUAUAUUCCUGAUGCUUUAACAAUUGCAAAUGCUAGUAUUUUAGAUCAAAUGACAGCAGGAUUCAACUAUUUUAUAACUAGUAAUCUUCAUACAAUUCAACAAGUUCAUACACAAGCAUCAAUUAAUAUAUUUGAUGUUUAUUCACUUAUCUUGAAAGUUAUUACACAAAAUACUGGUUACUUUGCAGAUACAACCAAUAGUUGUUGGAAUAGUGUGAAUGCGACUACAAUCAUAGAAAAUUGUCAGAAUCCUAAUAAAAAUGUGUUUCUUGAUAAUGCACACUUUACUUAUACUGUUCAAGAAUUAAUUGCUGAUGUUGUUCGAAAAUUUUCUUUUGCCUUCAUAUGA